AUGACGACGACGACGACGACGACGACCCCAUUCUCCACUCCCGGAGAAACGCCCGCAAACGAACCGCCGCUUGCUGACCAGCCGACCGUAGAUACGACUACCUUUUCAAGUUGCUCCUCAUCGGUGAUUCCGGUGUCGGCAAGUCCUGCUUGCUGCUGCGAUUCGCCGACGACACCUACACCGAAUCGUACAUAUCCACCAUCGGCGUCGACUUUGUACGUCCCCGCCCUCCGCCCUCCGCACGCCUGCCUGCAUGGACGGCCCAUCCGCCCGGCCGUCUGGCUGCGUGAACAUCCAGGACUCCUAGCUGACGCUUCGCAGAAAAUCCGAACAAUAGAGCUCGACGGGAAGACGGUCAAGCUUCAGAUUGUGAGUACCCCUCUCCGUCCACGGUGCCGCCGGGCGCCCACCUCCCUGCCCACGGCUAAUCCUUGCUCGCUGCAGUGGGAUACGGCCGGCCAGGAGCGAUUCCGAACCAUCACCUCGUCCUACUACCGCGGCGCCCACGGCAUCUGCGUCGUCUACGAUGUCACCGACAUGGAUUCCUUCAACAACGUGAAGCAGUGGCUCCAGGAAAUCGACCGAUACGCCACCGAGGGCGUCAACAAGCUCCUCGUCGGCAACAAGAGCGACAUGUCGGACAAGAAGGUCGUCGAGUACACAGUUGCCAAGGUGAGCCUCGAUUCCCACGUUCGGCCUCGCAUCCCGCCUGCGUCGCGUGGCCUUCCCGCCUUGUCCUCCUUGACCGGCUCGCCCUGUUGGGGCGCCAGAUUUCCUCGCACCGACGUGCUGACGCAAUCUGAAGGAAUUCGCCGACAGCCUGGGGAUCCCGUUCCUCGAGACAUCAGCCAAGAAUGCUAG